UAGCAUGUCAAGUGUACUCCAAGUGCAGUGAGCAGUGUUUAGAGACCACCUUAGCAUCCUGACACCACAGGUUGCUGGUAAAAAAGAACCUUGUACAGGUAAGAGGUUAUUUUGCUUUGUAAUGCUGUCACCUUUGUAGACAAUACCUUUUACCUGCUGCCUGUUAUCUCGUGCAGCACAAAGGGGACCAUAGGUCAGCUUUAUGUGGUUAAUCAUUACUGAUCAAGGAGAACCUUUCAAAGGCCACAGCUGGAUUUCCAGCCGACCAACAGCCACCAUGGACCUGCGUCUCUCUGCUCGUGUCCUGCUGGUACUUUGUGUGACAUGGAGCGUAAAUGGAGGGAACAUUUUGGUGUGGUACACUGAAGCCAGCCACUGGAUUAACAUGAAGCCUGUGCUGAACACGCUGAUCGACAGAGGACACCAGGUGACUGUCCUGGUCCCAAGCUCAUCCUUAUUCAUGAACACCAGUGAACCCUCACGUUUUCGCUACGAACCCUUCAACGUCGAUGUUUCAUCCAAGGACACGGAGGAAAGGAUGAACAACUUCCUUGAAUUCUCCAUGUACGAGAUGGAUCAUAUGAGCUACCUGCAGAUUUACAUUCGAGUAGCAGAGUUAAUGAGGGAUCAGAUGCAGUUUAUUUUAAAGGUAUCAGACGGUGUGCUGAAAUCAGAAACCCUCAUGAAGAAGCUGAAGGAGGGAAAUUAUGACCUCCUCCUGUCUGACCCCAUUUACCCCGGCAGUGACUUGGUAGCAGACAUUUUGGGCAUCCCCCUUGUCUACUCCUUCCAAAUUUCAGCAGCCAACAACUGGGAGAGGCUGUGUGGUCAGGUCCCUGCUCCACCUUCCUUUGUGCCCGCCGCUAUGAGCAAACUUACAGACAGGAUGAACUUCUUAGAGAGACUGUGGAACGUUCUCUUCAUCGCUCUGCAGGACGUCGUGACUGAACAUGUCCUAUGGAAACAAGCAGAUAAAUAUUACUCUGAAGUCAAAGGAACACCCACCAGUGCCUGUGAGAUGAUGGGUAGAGCAGACAUCUGGUUAGUGCGAACCUACUGGGAUUUUGAUUUCCCUCGUCCUUUCCUCCCCAACUUCAAAUAUGUUGGUGGGAUCCACUGCAGACCUGCUAAACCUUUACCAAAGAAAAUGGAAGAAUUUGUGCAGAGUUCUGGAGACGCUGGCAUCGUGGUCUUCACUUUAGGAUCCAUGAUCAAGAACAUCACCACAGAGAAGGCAAACAUGAUCGCCUCAGGCCUCGCUCAGAUCCCACAAAAGGUGCUGUGGAGAUACAGUGGAGAAAAACCAAAGACUCUGGGCCCCAACACCAAGCUAUAUGACUGGAUCCCUCAGAACGACCUGCUGGGUCACCCUAAAACCAGAGCUUUCAUCACUCAUGGUGGCACAAAUGGGAUUUACGAGGCCAUCUACCACGGUGUUCCUAUGGUGGGCAUCCCCCUGUUUGGUGACCAGCCGGACAACUUGGUCCACAUGAAGGCUAAAGGAGCUGCAGUUACCGUGGACUUGAACUUCAUGAAGAGCGAGGACCUUAGAGAUGCCAUCAACACUGUCAUCAACGACAAAUCGUACAAGGAAAAUGCUCUGCGACUGUCCAGGAUCCACCACGACAGACCCAUGAGUGCUCUGGACGAGUCAGUAUUCUGGAUUGAGUUCACCAUGAGACACAAAGGGGCAAAGCAUUUGAGGGUCCAGGCCCACGAGCUCACCUGGUACCAGUACCACAGCCUGGAUGUCAUAGCCUUCUUCCUCGCCAUAGAUCUGCUCCUAAUAUUCCUCUUCGUCAAGACCUGCAGCUUCUGCUUCCGGAGGUGCUGUGGCAGGAAGGACGCGACAAAGAGAAAGGCUGAGUGAUGGACUGAACACGAGCGUGAUGGACAAAGAACUGAUGUGUGAACAAACUGAUUGUAUGUUGGUCUCAUGCUUGUAACAGAACCUGGAUUUGAAAAGUUGCUGCCACCUUAAAACUUGCUUUUAAAUACGC